CUGAGACCUGAGACCUGGGGUCACGGCUUCGGCAGCUUCCAAAGAAUACGGCAGAUGGAAGCCACCGCGGUAACACAUAUAUGUGCCGCCCACCAUCACGAUGCGACCCGAGGAUGGUGUUUGGCCGCAACAUCCAUCGCAGUCUCCCCCGUCUCGCCCGCCUCGCCCACCACCCACCCACGCGUCUGCAAAUCAUCGAGCCAACACCACCGUCCGUACGGCCAUGUACUUCGGUACACACUCGCCUGCUCUUGGGGAUUGCUACCAUCCGAAUGCAGUGGCCCACCCGGCACGAACCCCAUCAGGCAAGUCAAAUGCCACCACACGCCAGGCUCACCCACUCAUUCGUUCGAGACCUGCAUGCCGGCUUGGAUGCCUUGCAGCCAACCAGAGACGCAUGGCUUCACCCGCGCGCACCCUUCCUGCCUUUCCACCGCGCACCUCCAGACGGGGCGUGUUCCGGUGACAUGACAUCUCAGACCUCAACAGAGGCCCCAGCGGACUCGAUCUCUCUUGAUUGUUGGGAGCUGCCCAGCAUUCAAUCCGAUCGCCUUUGCCGUCUCAGAGACCUGGUCACGAUGGUCGAAGCCCCAUGAGCAACCUUGGGUCGUGCUCGUUUCUGUCUACGGGGCAUCUGCCGGUGAGCCAACAAGUCGCUCAAGCAUUGUCAACGUGGACGUCGUCGCGUCGACUCGACUCGACUCGACAUCUUGGCAACUUUGAACCGAAACCUCAACCAUAACCUUCUCCGCCCGGCUCACGUGGUAGCAACCAUGGGGAGGAGACAAACUUUUGAUUUCCCCCCGAUCCCAAAGUCAUCGGACGGCUGGGUCCCUUGAUGGCACUGUCUCCUCCAUAAAACGCGCGGCUAGGCGCCUUUUAUUUGCCCAGUGGUCCAUUAUCUUCACCCUCUGGCCGCCAAAGGUUACACAGCAGCUCUAACUCGUCUUCGCGGCGCGGGCCUUCCCUCCGGCUAAUGAGGUUGCUUAUUACGAUUCUUUUGUUACCACAGCAUAACAGAUCACUGCCUAGAACCAGGUUUUCCGUACGGGGUUCUCUAUCGGCCACACUGACUUUCUCAGAUUGACUGAGCAGUGUAAACAAACGCCAGAGAAAGUCCUUCCGGCGUGUUGUCCAUCCAGGUGAGCUCAGAUGUCAUCAUAUGGAUACCCUUUCACAAGAUUUUCUUUUACAGGAGCUCAGGCCUAAGUUGGGCAUGUCCACUCGGGAUCCAUUCUGGAGGAAGCCGGCCCGCGCAAGGAUAUUCCUGCACUGCACAUUCUGACCUGUAGUCGGGUCGGUUCUGGUGCAUGUCUCGAUGGCCAAGAAGUCAACCUGGGUUUCCCUUCCCAAGUCUGCUACUUUGAUCCUCUUAAUCGUGCUUUCUUUGCGACGUCCUUCAUUUUGGUCUGAGUCCGAAGCUCAUUCACAACCUCGCAUCAUCUGCUACACGGAGUUGACUCAAACGGAGUGGGCAUGGCUUGCUUGGGUGGAGCUCUCGUUCCGAACCACGGGCAGUCCCGAAUCGGGCCCGAGCGACCUGUUCCCCGGAGCGGCCCACAGUCUUGAGUUGAUCCGCUGACGGCCGUUGACGCUUGUUUCAAUUGAGCGUCAAUUGACAAUGGUGCAAGAAUCUGUCUGCUAUGUCGAUAGACAGCAUCACUGUUCAUGAGGAACUCCGAAGCAUUCGACCUCCAGAACCACCGAUGAGAGAAUCUCGUCGUCGAUAAGCAUCCUGUCUGUUGGCCAAGCGGCGUCUUAUCUUUGCUUCCCCCAAACCCCACACCCGACGCCGUUGAAGAUAACCAAAGAAACCCCGCCAGAACUACGGCUCUGCCACACGUCAUACAUCGCUGCUAGCUCAACGUUGCGGCUGGCCGGACCAGGGGCUAGAGGGAUGGUUUGUCGGUUCCUGGUCUGCAAGUCAGACGUGCCUACAGUUUCCAUUAGGUUUGGAAACAUCUCUCACGCGCAGCAUGGCCCGUGGCUCACAUCCUUGGGGGCAUACAGCUGGCUACAGCCAUUGGGCAAUGCUGGCCUGUGGAGGUGAUGCCCUGCCUCCACAGCUGGCAGACCACUGACGCAGGCCAUCUCCAUCACGAUGUGCAGUUACUAUCUCGAUGCCCCGCACUCCGGGCGGCACUCACGCUACCCGGCCUCGGUAUCUCCUGGGAGGAGCUAUAUGUGCCAAUGGACAAGACGCUGCUGGACAGGGCUGGCAGGUCAGCCACUUGCCCGGCAGCUUGGGCAAACCCAUGAGGAGUCCCUUGCCCGCAUUACUACGUCGAUUGACUAGUCGAUUGGUCCGGCCACAUGAAUUGGCAAUGCUGAAUGGCCAGCCUGGAAAGCAUGAUGUUGAUAAGCUACGGGGCAAGGUGCUCGGUCUUGACCGCAAGAGCCCACCCAUUGGGAUUGUGGGAGCAAGCUUGAUCAUAGCUCGAGAACAAUAAAAACAGGCCGAAGCCCCUCUGAGCAUCCUUUACCUUCCUAUCCUGUGAUCUCCUUGCUUGAACUGCUUCUCCCAUACGCCCCACUAUGCUGUCCAAGACCUCACUUGCCCUGGUUGGGGCUGCUGUUGUGACUGCUCACAGCAGCCAUGGGCCACAGAGUCCGAUCUCGGGACCCCAUCAAUCUCUGUGGUAUAAUGUCAUCCCUGGUGAUGGAGGCACACAGGCCGACUCUGUCUUCUCCGGAAUCUCAACCUUUGGACGCUUGCCAUACGCUCAGUGCCUGUCCCCUCAGAGCGACGUGAAAUAUGAUAUAGCCUUCAUCGGUGCACCUUUCGAUACCGGCACUUCAUACCGCCCGGGAGCCCGUUUCGGCCCUUCUGGUAUAAGGCAGGGGUCACGAAGGUUGAACCUUUACGGAGGAUAUAAUGUUCCUCUUGACACGAACCCAUUCAACAGCUGGGCUACUGUCCUCGACUGCGGUGAUAUUCCCGUAACCUCAUAUGACAACACAUGGGCUCUUCACCAGAUCGAAGAGGGCCACCACACCAUCCUCACCCGCGACCCGGCCACGGAUGCUGACAAGCUCGGUCCGGCCAAGAAGGGCAAGACCCUGCCCAGGGUGAUCACGCUCGGUGGAGACCACACUAUCACGCUGCCCCUGCUGCGGUCUAUCAACCGGGCUUAUGGGCCUGUGUCUGUGAUCCAUUUUGACUCCCACCUCGACACUUGGCGCCCCAAGGUCUUCGGUGGCUCGCCGUCCGAAGUGGCUAGCAUCAACCAUGGUACCUACUUUUACCACGCCUCGCAGGAGGGCCUGCUGAAGAACGACACCAACAUCCACGCUGGCAUCCGGACAACGUUGAGUGGGCCCUCGGACUAUGACAAUGACGGCUACUGUGGCUUCCAGAUUGUGGAGGCCCGGGAGAUUGACACGAUUGGCAUUGACGGUAUCAUCAAGAAGAUCAGGGAGAGAGUCGGAACCACAAACCCGGUGUACCUGAGCAUUGACAUCGACACCCUGGAUCCUGCGUUCGCCCCUGCCACUGGCACCCCGGAGACCGGAGGGUGGUCGACGCGCGAGCUCCGGACCAUCCUGCGCGGCCUGGACGGCAUCAACCUCAUUGCUGCCGACAUUGUCGAGGUUGCCCCCGCGUACGACACGAAUGCGGAGCACACGACCAUGGCUGCGGCCGACGCCCUGUACGAGGUCAUGUCUAUCAUGGUCAAGAAGGGCCCUCUGAGCAAGACCGUGGACCAGGGUAAGGAGCCGGAGCUGUAGAUAUGGAUGGAUCGAGUGAGGAGUUGGCGGCCGGCAUGAGGCGAAAAGUUGGCGUUUCUGGCGGUGAACCAGGGGAAGAAGAAGGCGAUGGAUGCAUUGGAAUCAUGAAGCUGUUCAAAUUUCUUUUCUAUAGCGAGGCAGAUAAGUCGUGGCUGCGGUCAUGCAAUAUGAUGGAUGGCGGUUUGAGGAUAAGAAGCGUGCCUUGCUAUGUGCCCCCAUUUCAAAAAAUCUUAAGGCCCGGAGAAGCUGAGGCUCGUCGUCCAACGUGUCUAGCUGUUCAUGACCUAGGGUACGGCCGCUGCACCAUGUGGUACUUGGUGUCUUUUAAGGGUGGCAUGGUGAGCUGCGUACCCGGCUACGGUAUGUCUUCCAACCUCCAGAGGAUAACCGAAAGGGGUUUCUUGCCAUGUUAAGAAUACCUCCGCCGCCGUCUUCUUUUUCG